AUGCAAGAAAUUUUAAAAUAAUCCUAAUAAAAAGUGGAUAAUCAUCUUAAACAUUUAUCAUAAAUAUUUUUGAAUCAUUAAGGGAUCAAGAAAUUAAACUAAUUGGGAGGAAUAAAUUGUUAGAGUGAAUACUUAGAGAAAAUUCAUUAUAUAGAAUUUGAAGAAGGAGAGGAAAUCAUAAAGACUGGGGAGAUUGGACAUUUUUUUUAUUUACUCAUUGAAGGAGAAGUUAAUAUAAAAAAAUCUUACUUUGGAACAGAAGCAUUGAUAAAUCUACCAUAUAUAUAGACUAUAAAAAGUAUUACAAAAACAAAAUUUGGUACUAUAAACAAAAAUGAUUUUGAAAAUAUCAAAAGGAAAGCUAAGUUGAAAGACACUAAUGAGCAACUUGAAUUCUUUAGACAUUCACAAUUAUUUGGAUAAUUAUCUAAAGUAAUGAUAGAUAGAUUGCUCAAAAACUGUUAAAUAGAAAUAUUUGAUAAAAAUUAAUUGGUCUAUUAUGAAGGAGAUUCAUCCUCUACAAUAUAUCUUGUGAGAGAUGGAAUAUUUUAAUUGUAAAAGAAAAUGAUUAUUGGAAAUAGAUGGAAAAACAUAACCAUUUGUGAAAUCGGAAUAUAUUAAUUAUUUGGUGACUUAGAAUGUUUAUUGAAUAAGUAAAGAUAUUUCACAGUUAAAUGUUUAAAAUAAGGUAGUUGCUAUAAAAUAAGUAAUGAAGAUUUCUAUCAAAAAGUCAUUUCGGAUUAGCCCAGUUAAGAGGCUUAAAUAUAUAUAAAUUAAUAUAUUAAGACAUAGUUAUUAAAUAGGACUGAGAGAAUUGAAAGAGUAACUGAAGCUUUAGCUCAAAAUAGUGAAUAUUUGAUUGGAUUAUCUGGAACAAAGAAUUCAAGUAAUAAAGAAUUGAGUUAGAUAGAAAUGAAUGUAUUAGAUAAGACUCAUUCUAGAUAUGCAUAAAUAUAUAAUUAAGCUUGUUAAAAGAGAGUAAAGGUUAGAUAUGCAACAAUUCAUAAAACUGAUGUAGCAGUUACUAGAGUAACAUCAAAAAAUGAAGCAAUUCAUAAGACUAUUGUUGUUUCAAUUGAGAAACCAUUAAAAUAAUAUAUCUAUGAUGAAAUUAAAAUGCCUGAUAUAGUUCAGAGAAGGUUUCGUGAUUUCUUACCUAAGAAAAAGAAAGACUUUUGGAUUAUUACAUAAAACAAUAAAUCUUCUAUACUUUGA